GUUAAUUUUUUCAAAAUACAAAAUUACAUAUUGUAAACAUUAAAAAAAUUGUCCUAAUCAAUUAAAUCUACUUAUUCAAUUGAAAAUUAGAUAAAAAAAAAUCGUGUGUUCUGACCAAGAACUGUCACAUUUUAUAUUAUGUUAUAAAAACCAGUUUCACUGGCUUAUGGUUAUUCAUUGAUUUAUGGGAACACUCUCAAUAAAUUUAUAUUUAAACAUGCAGUACAUUUUCUACAUACGCAAAUAAUUUAUUUUGUUAAAAUUAUUGUAAAUUAUUUAAAUUUAAAAAUUAAUUUUCGAAAAAAAGAACAAAAUUUUGAGUAAAAAAAGAACAAUGGAUUUUCCAAAAAGUGAUUCAAAAAUUAAAGUUCAAAAUACAAAUAUUCAUUCUUAUUUGAAGUAUGCAGCUGCUACUAGUGUGUCAAUAACAACAAUGGGAUUGGGAAUGAUUUUCUCCUGGACGUCACCAUCGCUACCUCAUCUGACAAGUUCAGCGUCCACUUACCCAGUGUCAGAAAUUCAAGGAGCAUUGAUAGCAUCAAUAGUUGGUUGUGGAACAAUUUCUGGAUUUUUAAUUAAUCCCAUUUUAAUAAAUAAAUUGGGAUCAAAACGUACACUAUUAUUUUUAUCAGCACCUGAAAUUUUAUCAUGGUGUAUAAUUUAUUUUUGUAGAAAUUGGCUUCUUCUUUGUUUGGCAAGAAUUAUUGGUGGAUUUGGAUAUGGUGCCGGUUUAUGUUCAACUGCUAUUUAUCUCUCGGAAAUUGGUGACAAAAGAACGAGAGGAAUUUUUCUCACCCUCAUUAAAAUGUCAAUUAAUAUUGGAAUUUUUAUUUCAAUGUUUCUUGGCGCUUUUUUGUCAUACAAUACAAUGAAUUUGGUUUUAAUGACAAUACCAAUUGUCUUUGUUGUCACGUUUUAUUCAAUGCCUGACGUGAAAGAAUUUAAGGAUGAAAAUGAUUUUACAAAAAUGAAGGAUGAUUUUAAGGAAUGUGAAAAUAGUUCUAGGGGGAAUUUAAAAAAAAUUUGUAACCCAAAAAAAGAUUUAGCAGAUUUUGGUCAAAGUCGAAAUGGUUUAAAGAAACAUCCAAAUGGUUUUAAAGAAAAUACAGAUGGUUCCAAGAAUAAUUCGAAAGAAUUUCACGAACUUUCCGUAGAAUUAAAGAAUGAUUCGAAUGGUUUUAAAAAAUUUGAUAGUAGGGAAAAUCAUCAAAAUAAUUUUACAGAAAUAGAUAACGAGGCUAAUGCAUCUGGAUGUAAAAGUUCCAAUGUUCUAAAAACUACAAAUUCUACAGAGGACGUAAAUACACCCAAUGAAAUUUUACAAGAAAUCAAAAACAAGGACAAUAAAGUCAUGGAUGUUGUUAAGGAGGAUACUGUGAUUGUUCUACAAAACAAUACAAUAGUUCUUGUCAAUGAUGAUACAGUGGACGUCAUCGAAUCGAGGACAAUUGAUUUCCUCAAUGAAAAUAUAAGCUGUCUUAAUGAAAAUUUACCAACAAAUUUCGAAUACACCCAAAUGUCUCCAAAGGAAAAAAGAAACGAAGAUGCAGCAACAGAGAAUGGAUCUAAAAUUGAAACAUUUGAAGAGGAAAUAUUACACUUACUGGACUCAUCAUCAUCAUCAUCAUCAAAAAGAAAAUCAUCGAAAAAUAUUUGGUGGAAGCUUUUCUUUCUCAAAAACAAUAGAAAUGCUUUGUUAAUCAUCAUUGUUGCUUCCUUAACCGAUAUAUUUUCAGGACACAUGGCAAUCGUUACCUAUACACAACAAAUUUUUCAAUACAGUGGCGCAUCUCUAAAACCAGAAUAUGCAGCCCUAAUUCUAGCAGUUUUAAAAAUAAUUGCAUCUUUAAUUUCUACUAUAGUGGUUGAAAAUGUUGGUAGACGAAAUUUAUUUCUCACAACUGGUAUUUUAGCUGGUCUAUCACAAGGAUUGGUGGGAUUAUUUUUCUUUUUAAAAUUCUAUCUAAAAAUGGAAAUCCCUAAAAUUAGUUGGUUACCACUUUUGGGUGUAUCAAUGUACGAAGUUAUUGGCAGUGUUGGACUAAGUAGUCUCUACUAUGUCUAUCAAGGUGAACUCUUUUCAGAUGAGGUGAAAGGUUUAGGUGUCACAUUAACAAACAUUUCCUACGAAGUUAUAACAUUUUUUAUAAAAUUAUAUUUUCAAAUUGUCAUCGACACUAUUGGAAUUUAUUCCGUUUUCUUUGGAUUUGGAAUCUGUUGUAUUAUUGGAUCAUGUUUAGUCUUUUGGAUAUCACCUGAAACAAAAGGUAAGAGCAAGGAGGAAAUUCAAAUUCUGUUGUCCAGUUAAUAUCAAUUAUAAAUUCCAAAGUGGAUCUCAAAUUGUACUAAUUUAAAUUCUUUAAUAUAAAUAUUACAAUUAAAAAUUAAAAUAUUGUAUCUAAAAAUUAAAAAUUUCAAUUUUACUUCCUAUAAAAUCGGAGUCAAAAAUCAAAUUUUUUUUUUUUUAUUAAAGUGUAAAGUGUAAGUGUCGGGACAAUGAAUUCUCUGUAAUUCAAAAUAAUAGAAAAAAACUGGUUUUUCUAUAUAAUAUUU